UUGUAAAUUGUAAGAUUAUAGAGUGCUAUGUAAAAUGGUCAUCGCCUCCAUCAAUAUUUCAGCGGGCUGCUGAUGUCAGAGGCCCCGAUAAAGCGAGGGGGACGGGGGCGUGCACCUCCAGAAUUGAGCGUCACUUGACUGCCGCCGCCAUGGUUUGCACCAAGGCCUUCCUCCACCUCCUCCUCGCCACCGCUGCCUUCCUGUACGCGUCCGCUACCGACGAGGCCUCCGUGGAGACGCGCUCGCUAGAUUUCACGUUGAAAAGCCAACAGGAGAAAGCCCUGAUUGAUGCUUUACAAGAAGUCUUGGAGAAGCUGAGGAGCAAAGAAAUACCCUCUGAGAAAAAACUGGGCUGGCUGCCCUCUUGUGACGCGGGGGAGCCAUGCGCCGUGCGUAAAGGAUCCCGUAUCGGCACACUGUGCAGCUGUCCCCGGGGGACUUCCUGUAACUUUUACGUCCUCAAGUGCUUGUGAGAGGAAACAAAUGCAUUGGUGUGCA